AUUUUUGUUUUUUUACCUUAAUUUUAACUUCUAAUUAGUGAAUUGUUUUUUUUUAUUCUUUGUGAUGUUAGUCUUUGUCUUUAAUUGUUUGGGUUACCUUGUUAACGGGCUCGUUAUUGGUGGUUGAAAAGUUUGAGGAAAAAAAAUCGGUGAGAACGGAGGAGAAAUCUGAAUAGAGAAGAAAAAUUCAUUGCAAGAGAAAAGAAAAUGACAAUUAAAAAAAGACGUGAAGGAGGAGCAGAUCCUAAAUAUUUUGAAUCACCAGAGAUAAUUAAUGGUUUUGAUUGUGUUCGCCAAUGGUUGGAUAAAUCAAUCUACUGUCAAUAUCUUCAAGCUGAUCCUACAAGUGCUAAAAAUUUGGUCUCAAUUGUCCUGAGUUUGAUACAAUUUCAAGAAGAUAAUCUUGGUCGGUCUGUUAGUAAACCGCCAAUGACUCGGUUACCCAUGAAAUGUAUUCUAGAUACCAAACCAGGAGGUGGACUUUGCCAUAUAUUGGGUACAAUGUUUAAAUUUAAAUAUGAACAAGGAUGGAGAAAAUUUGACCUACAGGCUACAUCUAUUCCCAAGAUUGAGAAAAAUUUAGAUCUACUGAGAGCAGUUGAAAAAAUUUUAUUCUCGGCGCAAAAAAUAUCAACACCCAUUGUGUAUAUACGUCCUGAUGUUGAUGAUAAACUAUCUGAAACCUUGAAGGAUAUCGUUCGUCGUCAUCAAGGAACAUGUGUUGAAACUUUAUUGGAGGCAACUCAUAUUGUUCAUAAUUUAAUUCUACCUAAUAAACAACCAGAUGAUUAUUGUCGACCUGUUGCCAAGAAUCAAUCGGAGAGAAGCGCUUUAAUCCAUUGGCUUUAUACUCCUGAUAGUUAUGAUUCUUAUCUAAGUAAUGUUGAUCUCACCGUUGAACCAGAUACACCUCGUCUCGGGAUUAAUCAAAGGGAAAUUGAAGCUCGCUGGUUAUUAGAUACCGAUGUUUACAAUGAAUGGAUGAAUGAAGAUGAUUACGAAGUAACCAUCGUUGAUAAUGUUCCCACUCACACCAAGAAACGUUACACUCCAGCUGAAUUAAUCAUUCAAGUUUUACCUGAUGAAACCAAAGAUUCCCGGUCAAAAUUUUCAAAAAGAAAACUUUCCCCGUCACCAUCAUCAGCCGAUAAGAAACGAAGAUCUCGAUUGUCAACAAUAAGAACAAGUUUUUCCGGUGCUGAUUCUUUCAAGAGACGCGCUUAUAAGGGUUUAGACGAAGAUUAUGAAGAUUUAACCAAAGAUUUAGAAGAUCCUUUACCUGAGCCAAAUAUUCACGAAGUUCAUCUGCCAAAAUUGGUUCCAGGAACUAGAACUACAAAGGAUAAUGAAUUAGCACCAAUAAAAGGAGGAUAUAUCACUGAAUUAGAUUCUGUUGACCAUGAGGAUAAAGUGGGAAUGUCAGAUUUUGAUCUAAUGAGAAGUCAACAUUAUGAGGAGGAAACUUUGACCAUAAGAAUUGGUGAUGAUGAUGAAACCGAAAUUGACCAAGCAAAUUAUGUUGUAAUUCCUAGUUACUCUUCUUGGUUUGAUUACAAAUCAAUACAUCCAAUUGAAAAACGAGCUUUAACCGAGUUCUUCAACAAUUCAAACAAAUCUAAAACUCCUGAAGUUUAUUUAGCUUACAGAAACUUUAUGAUUGACUCUUAUCGUAUUAAUCCAACAGAAUAUCUAACAGUAACUGCUUGUCGUCGUAAUCUUGUUGGCGAUGUUUGUGCCAUUCACCGAGUGCAUACCUUUCUAGAAUUGUGGGGAUUAAUCAAUUUCCAUGUAGAUCCAGAUGAUCGGCCAAAUUCAAUGGGACCUCCAACAACCAGUCAUUUUAAUAUAUUUGUUGAUACUCCUGGUGGACUUAUGCCCAUUGCUCAUCCUCGAAGUGUUUCAAGUACCUCAGCUCAAAAGCAAGUUUUAUCUUUAGACAAGGAAGUUAAAAGUGAAUCAGACAAAACGCAAACGAAAACAGUUUUAAAUGAUAACUUUGGACUUCGAAUGGAUCAAUACGAACAAAGAAAUGCCGCUUAUCGACACAAAGGUGCAGCCACAAUAACACGAGAAUGGGAUGAACAAGAGAUUCUACUUCUCCUGGAAGCCAUUGAGAUGUACAAAGAUGAUUGGAAUAAAGUUUGCGAUCAUGUUGGAAGCCGAACCCAAGACGAGUGUAUUUUACAAUUUUUAAGAUUACCCAUUGAAGAUCCUUACCUUGAAGAUACAGGGUCACCCUUACCAGCCAAUUAUCAAUCAAUUCCAUUCUCAAAAUCAGGAAAUCCAAUAAUGUCAACAAUUGCUUUUCUAGCGAGUGUUGUUGAUCCUCGAAUCGCUGCUUCCGCUGCUAAAGCGGCGAUCAAUGAGUUUGCUCGUCUAAAAGAUGACAAUGUUUCACCACAAAAGUUACACGAUUUAACCACCACUUCAACAUCAAUUUCUUCUUCCAGUGAUACCUCAACAAUUAAAGACUCUGAUAUGAAUAUGAACCCUGGCGAUGGAAGUAGAGGUUCCUCUCUGUUUGGAGCAUCUUCAUCUUUAAUUGAUUCUGAAAUGAAAGAACCGCUGAUUACACCUAAAUUAGAAUUUGAUCCCAAUGGAAAAUCUUCAGAAAUUGGUUCAUGUGAUUCGAUUCCGAAAACUACAACAAUUAAAGAGGAAACUCAUUCCAAUGGUGUCCAAAGAUCUGAUUUUAAAGAUGAAUCUUUCAAUGAACGAUCAUCAACCAAGGAUGGUAGUGGUACAUCGGGAACAUCGACCGCCGGUGGAGGAACUGGUGAAAGAGAUAAAAGUUUAAAAGAUUCACAGAUUAACAAUGCAGCGGCAUCGGCAUUGGGAGCUGCCGCUGUUAAAGCGAAACAUUUAGCCGCUGUUGAGGAGCGAAAGAUCAAAGCGUUCGUUGCCAUGUUAGUUGAUACACAAUUGAAGAAAUUACAACUUAAAUUGAAAAAUUUCGAGGAAAUGGAAUCGUUGCUGGACAAAGAGAAAGAAACUUUGGAACAACAGAAACAAGAUUUAAUCCAUGAGAGGCAACAAUUCCACAUGGAACAAUUAAAAGCAGCAGAAUCAAGAGCUCGAUUGAAAGCACAAACUACUCUUCUAGGACCAACUGUAGAUAAUAUUACGUUCCAGCCAAUUACACAUAAAUAAAUCUAUUUCAUCAACAACCAUCGCAUCUACAUUAUCAAGUCAUCAUUCAAAACAAUCAGAAUAUUUAAGGAAAUGAAUUGACAAUUAAAGAAAACAAAAAUCUACGAAAAGGAAACAAAACUAAUCCAUGAAGAUCUUCAUUUUCUCUUCUUUCUUGUAUCUCAAUUUUUUAUAUUAUAUUUUCCAUUUUCCAUUUUCCAUUUUGCUUUUCUUUUUCAUUAUUCUUUCCUUAACUAUGUUUACUUUUACUCUUUUAAUCGACUUAUUUAUUUGACUAUCGACCUGAAAAGAGAAUCACAUAGAUUUUCAAUUGUAUCCUUUGAAUCUUUUACUCUUGUAUCUACGUUCAAAUCGCACGUUAACUUUACUGUGUAAGUGUUUUCUUUUCCAUCUCAAGCUAAAAGGAAGGAAAAGAAAAUCAAUUCCAUCAGAAUCAUGUUUAUGCUAUGAAAAGAAAAACUUUAAAUAAACAAAGUAAUCAAGUGA